AUGUCUGUAUUGGAGAAAAAAGGAUUUUCAAAACUUACAAAUAUUCAAGCAGAAUCAAUAAAAGCUAUCAACAAUUCCAGAGAUGCAUUAAUAUGCGCUAAUACCGGAACAGGGAAAACAUUAUCAUACCUUUUGCCGAUAUUUACAAAUCUUGCAAAAGAGUUUCCAGAUAUUAAGCGAGAAAUGGGUUGCUUAGCUCUAAUUGUUGUUCCGACCAGAGAGCUGUGUCUACAGAUCGAAACUGUUGUACAAGACCUCAGAUCCAAAAUGAAUUUUAUUGUUGCAGGAACCCUCCUUGGUGGAGAGCAAACAAAUGUAGAAAAGAAGGCCCUUAGAAAAGGAUUAAACGUAAUAAUUACAACUCCGGGAAGAUUAACUUAUCAUCUCCAAAAUUCUCAGAAUCUGACAUUUGAUUAUUUCCGGUAUUUUGUUCUUGAUGAAGCUGACAGAUUACUAUCAGAAGGCUUCCAGAAUCAGCUCGUACAAAUAAUUAAUCCCCAAAUCAUUGAUUGGUGA